CUGCUUGUGCGAAAGAAAGUAAUUUAAUUUUACUAAAAAAAAAUAUACAUACAAAAAAUUUAAAAUGCGCACAAUUUUUGUAAAAAUUAUAUCGGUUUUGACUCUCAUCAUUAACACUCAUGCAGAGUCAUACAAGGAGUGCAAAAAUGCCGCUGAAGGCACUUUUGUAGCGAUUGAGAACAAUUGCCUCGCAUACAUUUAUUGCCUGGACGAAGAGUCUUUCACCGAUUCAUGUCCGGUUGGCACCUAUUUCGAUGCAGAGCAACAACAAUGUUUACUAGAUGAAGAUGGCACCAAGUGCACAACUUUUAUGAUUCAGCCUACACAAGCAGCCUUAACACAGCAGUUGUUAACACACACUGAGACUACAGUCACCACGACGACUAGUACGACGACUACUAGUGGCUCGCUGUCGACAAGCACGUUGUCACCACGCCCACAGUGCAAACCAACUAUGGAUGAGUAUUUUCCAUAUCAGCAGCGCUGUGAGUACUACUAUCGCUGCACGCGCGGCUAUUUGAGCAUAUUGCGCUGCAAUCUGGGCUACGGCUGGGAUUUUCUGCAAGAGAAGUGUAUGCCUCUGAAAGAGGCGCAGUGCUUUAAGGCUGUGCGGACGCCUGUUUCUAAUUUUUAA